AUGGCGGGCAACAAACGCGCAUUGAGCCAAAUUGACAGCAAUACGGCGCCAUCACAGCCACCUUCCAAACAACAAUCGCAGCAACCAGCGGCAGGGAAAGAAAAUGAAGCCAGUCGCUAUGCGGCUAUGAAAAAGCAAGACCUUUCCACCUUGCUCCAGCAACGGAAUUUGCCAUACAGCGGUAACAAGGACGUUCUCGUCCGACGCCUUGAGGAUUCUGAUAGGCUACACACGGCUCCAUCUACCUCGGCGACCGGAGAGAUAUGUCCCGGACCCUUACCGCUGGAUGACAUUCGGGCGGAGAAACGGGCAACUCGUGAUGCGUCUGAAAAAUCCAAUGAGGAGGAAGAUGAACAUGACGGCCAACAGGACAACGGGCUAGAAAGCCAGAAUGAUCAGCGCGAGUCAAUCUGUGGUUUGAAGGGUUGCGUUUGCAAGCGGCCAGCCUCCGAGUUUCCAGGGCAUAAGUGGAUGCUUACGACAAAAGGCUAUCUAUUGGUAGCUCGCUUGCAAUGGGAGUUGAACAUCCGGAACCAAGAUGCUGCUGGAGAACACUUCUACAAUGAUUUCAAUGGGUAUGGCUUCCAAGAGGUGAUGGAGAACCAGUUGGUGUCUUUCAACCGAUUCGCCUGGAUCCUGGAGGACACAUAUGAGUGGUUCAACGUCGACGAUCCGAACACGGUGUUGCACACUCUGAAGCUCAUUGGAGGUGCCGUUUUCACGACGCUGAACUCAUUGGAGAAGAAUGGGUUACUGUGCCCUGAUUCGGCUGUCAAGAAUAUUGCGCUCGUCCUGGGUGUUUUGUACGACAACACUCGCGAUUGGCCAGGUGAUCCAGAACCUCAAUUAGAGUGGCGGGAAGCCAUGAUCAGAGAAGCAUUCCGCCACGGCAUUGAAGUGAAAGGGCAGCCAAAUGGGAUCGAAACAGUGCUCGAGGAGGAUGGCAUAGAUCGGACCCUGCCCAGCGAAGCAGAUUCAAAGUGGAAGAAUUUCAACUGGACCAAAGAGUUCAAGGCUUUCUCCAAGAAACACCGAAAGGGCAGACGAUCGGAGGCCGACACUUCGCUUUGUGACCCGGUUGAGGACGUAACCAGAGCGCACAAAGUCUCUAGUUGCAUGUGA